GCCAAACAAAGAUAUGAGGAUCUUCACAAAGCUCUCUGCACCACUCUGCCUCCUUUUUGUCUUCCUCUGUCUUAAAACUGCCUUCUCAUCCUCCAUACAUGCUUCUUCCUUCUCAACAACGCAUCUCUGCUCUCAUGAGGAGGCUCUUGCUUUGCUGCAAUUCAAGACAUCCUUCUCCAUCUAUUACACUGUUCCGUAUUCAGAUUAUUGUGUGGAAAAUUAUUCUAAGAUUGAGUCAUGGAAGGAAGGUAUAGACUGUUGUUCCUGGGAUGGGGUUAGCUGUGAUAAUGUCACAGGCCAUGUAAUUGCCCUUAAUCUCAGCUGCAGUUUCCUUUAUGGCACCUUUCCUUCCAACAGCACUCUUUUCUUCCUCAGAAACCUGCAGAGCCUCAAUCUUGCCUUGAAUGAUUUUAGGCAUUCCAAGAUUCCAUCGGAAAUCAGUCAAUUCACUAGACUAAAGCAUCUUGAUGUCUCUUCUUCUCAGUUUUCGGGCCAAGUUCCGAGAGAAAUUGCUCACCUCCCCAAGUUAGUUUCUCUCAACCUCUCUAGUUACUUCCAUGAUAAUUCUCCUGACUUGAUCCUUGAAACAACUACCUUCAGAAAUCUUGUUCACAACUUGAGCGAGGUGAGAGAACUUGUGCUUAGUGGAGUGAACAUGACUUCUGUUAAUCCUUGUUUCUUCAUGAAUCUCUCUUCUUCUUUGACUUCUCUUCGUCUUUUUAAUUGUCAGUUAAGAGGAAACUUUCCAAACAGUAUUUUCCGCUUUCCAAAUCUCAAGAGAUUUAGUUUAGGUGGAAAGGGAAACCUCACUAUUGAUCUUCCAAGUUCCAAUUGGAGCAGUCCUCUCCAACGGUUGUAUUUAGGUGAUAUGGAUUGCGGAAGGCGAUUGCCAGAGUCUAUAGGAGAUCUAAAGUCAUUACAGUCUCUGACUCUUUUCUGCAACUUGGAAGGUUCCAUUCCAGCUUCCAUAGGGAACUUAAGGCAACUUACUAGCCUAUACCUCUUUUCUAAUAAUCUUAACGGACAAAUCCCACCAUCACUUGCAAACCUCACACAACUUACCUAUCUUUACCUUUCCUUUAAUCAGUUUUCUGGUCCCAUUCCAGCUUCCAUAGGUAACUUAAGGCAACUUACUAGCCUAGUCCUCUAUUCUAACAAUCUUAGUGGACAAAUCCAACCAUCACUUGCAAACCUCACCCAACUUGCCUCUCUUGACCUUUCAAAUAAUCAGUUUUCUGGUUCCAUUCCUUUUCAUGCUAUUAGGUUUUCCAAACUAAGGGAUCUAGACUUAUCUUAUAACUUACUUAAUGGCACGUUGCCACCUUGGAUUUUCACCCUACCAUUGUUAGAGUACUUGCAUCUCAAUCAUAACCAAUUUCAAGGUCAAAUAAAUCAAUUCCAGCAAAACUCACUCGUAGAGCUAGAUUUGUCAAACAAUAAACUCCAGGGCUCAAUCCCUAACUCAAUUGCUAAUUUAGUAAAUCUUAAUUAUCUUGGUUUAUCAUCAAAUCUUUUUACUGGUUUAGUAGAACUUGACAAGUUCUCGGUGCUUCAAAAUCUGGAAACCAUCUUUCUUUCAGACAAUAAUCUGUCCUUGAGAAUGAAUGUCAAUGCCAACUUCACAUUACCCAUGCUAACUGAUGUUUCCUUUUCUUCUUGUAACUUGAGUGAAUUCCCCAAUUUCAUAAGACAUUCAAAUGGUCUGCAAAGCCUAGUGCUAUCCAAAAAUAGCAUUCAUGGAAAUAUUCCCGAAUGGAUAUGUGAAAAGGAUGAUCUCGAAAUUCUUGACCUUUCUCAUAACAGUUUAAUCGGGAAGAUUCCAAAUUGUCUUCCUAAGUCUCUCUCAGUGUUGAAUUUGCAGGGCAAUAAUUUUGAUGGAAAUAUACCAUUUGGGUUUCCAGAGGCCUGUGGAUUAAUAAAUCUCAACUUGCAUGGAAAUCAAAUGAAUGGCUUAUUACCAAGGUCUUUGGUGAAUUGUCGCAUUUUACAGGUUCUAGACGUUGGCAACAACAACAUAAGUGAUACAUUCCCUCAGUGGUUGGAAUCUCUACUAGAGCUUCAAGUUCUUGUCUUAAGGGCCAACAAGUUUCACGUUUCGUGCAUAGCACCAAAGAAGGUCCAUCUUUUCCCGAGUUGCGAGUUCUGGACCUCUCCAGCAAUUAUUUUGUUGGUGAGGAUGGGAGCCAUUUCUUAUCAAUAUUCACUGGUUGUGACAUGGAAGGGAUUCGACUAUGAGCUGCAGGGAAUCUUGACCGUAUUCAGUAGUAUUCAUCUCUCAAAUAACAUGUUUGAGGGGGAAAUUCCAGAUGUUAUUGGAAACCUUAGUUCUCUCAAAGGGCUUAAUCUUUCUCAUAACAACCUUACUGGUCAUAUCCCACCGUCACUAGGGAAUUUGAUGAAUCUGGAAUGGUUGGAUCUCUCUUCCAACGAGCUGGCGGGGAAAAUUCCAGAUGAAUUGGUAUCUUUGACACAACUUUCUGUGUUGAAUCUUUCAAAUAAUCAUCUUGGCGGACGCAUACCACAGGGCAAUCAGUUCAACACCUUUGGAAAUGGUUCUUAUGAAGGAAACCUUGAACUGUGUGGAAUCCCAUUGUCAAAAUCUUGUGAUGGAAUUGGGACACCACCGAGCUCCUUCCAAGAAAAAGAUGAGUUGUGGAGAUUUGGCUGGAGAGUUGUGGUGUUAGGCUAUGGAUGUGGAGUUAUUUUUGGACUGCUGAUGGGAUAUCUUGUCUUCCGAACAGGAAAACCGAAAUGGUUUGUGUCUUUGUUUGAUGGCCGACCAAGUCCAAGUGGAAGGAAAAUGAGGAAAGCCAGAAGACUUGUUCAAAGAAGAAGCUGGUUGCAGAGUUGAUGUUUUAGAGCUUCUGAUUUAAUGUUUCCUGAAUAAGUGCUUUUCGGGUUUGAAGUUCUUGUUAUGGUUAUGGCUGGCAGUGGCUUGUCUAAAAUUGUCAGCCUUCUCUUGUCUUUAUUAUGCUUUGUAAUUUUGUCUUUCUUUAUUGUAAAAUAUAUUGAGAAAGUGUUUUACAAUCUGGGCGGGUGCGACAGCAGAUUUAAAAUAUAUUCGAAGGUUUAAG